AUGGCUCGCGGCCAGAGUGUGAAAAGGAGGCGUCUCAGCCCUCCCGCCGAUGGAGGGGCUCCUGAGUCUCAAAGCAAUGCCGAGUUGUACAGUGGCCCCGGCGAGUGGGACGCCGAACAAGACUACGAGCGUCGCCCGCGCAAAACGAACAAGAAAGACAACGAGCGCACCCGAUUACCCAUUAAGACUUCGGAGGGAUUCGUUCACGCAGUCAAUGAGCCGGAGGAUGCGGCGGAGGAAACCGACAGCUUCUUGGGUACCGACGAUGACGAGAUGGAGGAUGGUUCCGGAGAGGACGAUGAUAGCGAGGAAGCAGAGGCAGAGAAAAAGCCCAAGAUUCCCGUGAAGGUCCAAAUAAUGCAAGCGAAGGAGGACCUGGCUCGCAUCGCUACUCUAAUCAAUGAGGACCCCGAGGAGCACAUUGCGCUGUUCAAGACAAUGGCCGACAUGGUGGAGAAACCCGAUGCGCCUGUCACGGUCAAAAAGCUGGCCCUGGCAUCGCAGGCCGCCGUCUUCAAGGAUGUCAUCCCAGGCUAUCGGAUUCGUCCCCUCACCGAGGAAGACAUGGCAGGCAAGCAUUCGAAGGAAGUACGCAAGCUGCGAAAUUUUGAGCAAGGUCUGGUUUCUGGAUACAAGAACUACGUCCAGAGGCUAGCAACCCUAAUCAAGCCCGGCCGGUUUAAUCCGCCGACCGACCCUGGUUUGAAGAGCCUUGCCAUCAACUGUGCUUGCAGCAUGCUUCAAGCUGUCCCACACUUCAACUUCCGCAGCGAGUUGAUCAAGAUUCUUGUCAAUCGUCUUGCGAGGAAGCAGGUGGAUGAUGAUUUCAUCAAGUGUCGGGAAACCAUGGAAGAGAUCUUUGCCAAGGACAAUGAUGGAAUUGUUUCUCUGGAAGCGACCCGCCUUCUGUCCAAGAUGAUGAAGGCACGCGAGUUCAAUGUCCACGAGAGUGUUUUGGAUACUUUCCUCCAUCUACGUCUCCUCGGAGAGUUCCAUAAGAAGGCGUCGCAUCACCGGGUGGACCGAGAUGAGCCCGAGGAAGAUACUCCUCACGGCAAGAAGCAGAAGCAGAAGCGCGAGUUCCGCACAAAGCGAGAGCGCAAGGUGAUGAAGGAACGCAAGGUUGUCGAAAAGGAUAUGAAGGUUGCAGACGCACUGGUCUCCCAUGAAGAAAGAGACAAGAACCAGGCCGAGACUCUGAAGCUUGUGUUUGGUCUCUACUUCCGCAUCCUGAAGCAGCGAAUUCCCAACCUGAUGGGCCCUGUGCUUGAGGGUUUGGCGAAGUAUGCCCAUCUCAUUAACCAGGACUUCUUUGGUGAUCUCCUGGAGGCCAUGAAGGACCUUAUCGGCCACGCAGAGCGCGAUGAACUUGAUCAAGCCGGCGAAGACGCCUCUGAUGAUGAGGAAGAACCGGAACACAACAUCGUAUCCGAAGCCACAAAACGGGACGCCCGCCGUGAGACGCUCCUUUGCACGGUUACUGCAUUUGCCCUGCUCGAAGGACAGGAUGCUGCCAAAGCCGCUACAACCCUCCACCUGGAUCUGAGUUUCUUCAUCAAGCACCUCUACCGGUCCCUCUACGCCCUCUCCAUCAACCCCGACGUCGAGUUCAACCCCAGCACCUCCCUGCGGCUCCCCGACCCGAGUCCCCGUGAGGACUACGCCCAAUCUGCGACCCGUUUCAGAGCAAAGAACAAGGUGAACUUCCAGACCCCUAUGGUUCUGCUCCUCCGCUGCCUCCAGUCGGCUCUGCUCUCCCGUGCGCACGGCAACCCGCCACCGGUCCGACUGGCCACUUUCGCCAAGCGCCUCAUGACAACCUCCCUCCAGCUACCCGAGAAAUCGGCUCUCGCGACAUUGUCGCUGAUGAGCCAGGUAUCCAAGCACCACGCCCGCCGCAUCUCGCCGCUGUGGCACUCAGACGAGCGGAAGGGAGACGGUGUAUUCAAUGCGUAUGCGACUGAUGUCGAGGCUACGAAUGUUUAUGCGGGCUCGGUCUGGGAAGGUGAGCUGUUGCGUCAUCACUACUGCCCCCAGGUGCGGGACACCGUGCUUGAUAUCGAGAAGUUGGUGACCGGCAACGGCACGAAAUGA